AUGGCCGUCCAGCAGGCGACGAUGAACGGGCCGGGCAAGCUGGCCGAGCUUCCGAACACGGCGAAACUCACGCCCAACGUCACUCGCGUCCUGGGUCAGAACCCCUCUCUCAUGACACUGCAGGGCACGAACACGUACAUCCUCGGCGAUGCGGACGGGCAGAUCCUGAUCGACACGACGUCGGAGGAAACAGCCGGACCUUGGGUUGACCUGGUAGUCUCAGCCCUCUCGGGACCACUGGACCACAUUGUCCUGACUCACCGGCAUCCGGACCACGUCGGCGGCCUCGUGCCCCUCCUUUCGGCGCUCAAGGCGCGUGGUAACCCCGCUCCGACAGUAUGGAAGAUGCCGAACCCUGACGAGGGCGAGAUCGCUGUCGACCGCCCCGAAUGGUCUGACGGGCACCUCCUCAAGACCCUCAGCGGGGCGUAUCUCAAGCCGGCAUCCGGCCCAAUCGCGCCUCUCGCGGCUCUGCGUGAUGGCGAUAAGGUCUCGGUCCCAGGAAUGACCAUCACCGUCGUCCAUACUCCCGGCCAUACGGCCGACUCGAUCUCGUUCCUCACCGACGCCGGCGAGGUUUUCACGGGCGACACGGUUCUCGGACAGGGCACGACCAUCUUCACCGACUUUGCGGCCUACAUGGGCUCGCUGCGUCGCCUGCUCGACAUCAAGCCUGCCGUCAUUUACCCUGCUCACGGGCCGCACACGCCCGACGGGGAGACGGCACGCAAACACCUCCAGGCAUAUAUCCAGCACCGGCAGGAGCGGGAAGACAAGAUCGUCGCGGCCAUGCAGGCUAUCUCUGCUGACCCGGGUUCGUUGGGAGUGAAGCUCGACGCGAUCCGCGAACAUGCCAAGGCGAGCCCUGACGCGGCCGUCGGACCUGGUGGCGCGGGUGGCGCCGGCGCCGAGAUGGCUAAGAGGGCGGUUGAGGCCGCGCGUAACUCGUCCCCCAUUGCGAGCUCGUUCCCGGCCGGAGAUGUGGCGGGGAGCCGUAGCGCCACACUUGCCCUCCUCUGCCGUCUCGUCUAUGCGACUGGCCACGAGGGCCUCAUCCGCGCCGCGAGCUUCCCCAUGGGUGGACACCUGCAGAAGCUCGAGAGCGAGGGGCGGGUCAAGCGCUCGCGGGCCGUCAUGCCCACGGUCGUCGACUGGAAGGUGACCGAGAGCAGUGAGCAGGACGUGUACGAGUGGGUGGGCGAGUCGUCCGCCUUGUAG